AGCGAGACACUUGGCAGCUCGCAGGCAGCCGCACAGAAGGCGCUUGUUGCUUGUCCCUCUCCAGCUCCUCCUUCCGCCGCUGGAGCCACAAGCCGAACCUUUUCCAUAGGCUGCUGCUGCUGCUCUUCUGAACUGCGCUCGCCGCCUGCCAGGCCUCGGAGCCUCUCGCUCGGACCCAUUCGCCCUCGCCAGCGACGGACCCCGCCGCCACCUCUCCAAAAGGCUCCCCAGCUCCAGGGCGCACGAGGCCCGGCGCCAAAGCGCACAGACCGUCUCCUCGGUCCCCGCGCGCCCAUCCCGCUCGGAGGGCGCCGGGCUGCUCCCGCUGCCUCCCCGCCAGUCUCCGGCUUCCUGUUGGGGCUGCGCAGGAGCCGAGCCCAGCGGAGGUGGGGCCGGCCCGGCCCAGCACGCCUGGCACCGCGGGUCAUGGAGAAGCGCGCCGGCGGGGCGGAGGAGAGGCGGCGUGAGAAGAGCCUGUCUGUGUGAAAGAGGAUGCACUUUGCUGCUUGAAGUGACCGGUUCUCCACAGUGAAUUGUAAAAGAAUGUGGAUUAACAAAAUCCCCUGCUGUCUAUUGGCAGUAGUGCACCUGUGUGUCCUGAACCAAUUGGCCCACAGUCAGGAAACAGAUCCGUUACACACGCCUCAGAAUUUGACAUGCAUAACACACGACUUUGAAACGGUUAUCUGCACAUGGACAACUGCCUCCACAGCUAGUCCUGGAGUGGAAUAUUCUUUCUGUCACAGUGGCAGGACUUCCUGCUUAACAACAAAGGAGAAAACAGCGCAGAUUGAUAAACUGAUCUCAUUUGCCUCUAAUCAAAUCAAGAUAUCCACCGUGAGUCAGUCUGGAAAAGUGAUAGCCGAAAACACAUUUGAGCUGACUGAUAAGGAUAUUGCCUUUGUCCCUCCCACCCCACUGAUUCACAACCUGACUGCCAACUUCUUAACUGACACAUUGACUCUGGAGUGGUACGAUGGCCGCUCAGCCUUUCCAAUGGAGAUGGAAGCUACUUGGCAAAUUCAGAUUCUGCGUAAAGAUCCCAUGGAAGAAGUUGCACUAGAGACCUAUCACUCCAACUUAACUCGUGGGGACAGCCUCCUCCGGUGGAGCUGGAAAUCAGACCUGGCUUUUCAGUGCACCACACACUAUGUCAAGAUCCGCUGUUUUUUCCACGAGGACACAUACCCUGGGGACAAGAAGUGGAGUGAAUGGAGCCAGCUCGCAAAUAUUCCCGGGAAUGACACGGGCUCUUCCAGAGCAGUGUUUCCUGUCGACAGAGUGGUGCCAGUAGGUUCCAAUAUGACGUUCUGUUGUGUGUGGAAGGAAGGAGAACAUCUGAAUUACCUGAAGUAUGAUACUCAGGUCUUGAAUUACACUCGACUCUCCAACUGGAGCGUGUCAGGCCACGUCCAAAAUGCCAUACCUGGGGGUUCUGGCAAAAACGUCGUUUGUUUACUGGAUGAGGUUAAAUAUGAAGGAAGCGUUCUCUUUGCCGGCUACCCUCCUGAUGUUCCUCAGAAUUUUAGCUGUGAAACUUGGGACUUGAAAGAAAUAACCUGCACUUGGAAACGGGGAAGGUCCACUUGGUUAUACGGCUCACAAAGAGGAACAUAUUACAGCUUUUCUGAAAGUAUAUCUGGGAUUAAUGUUACACUUUUCCGUAUAAAAACCAGCGACGAAUAUUACCAUAAGUUUCGAGUUCUGAACAACCAGACAGUCUAUAAUUUCACAGUCCAAGCUUCCAAUCCACUUGGUCGGUCAGCAGUCUCUCUCUUAAUUGAUAUAUAUCGUAAAGUUCAUCCAAGACCACCUUCUCGGUUCACUGUGAGGAAUGAAAGCCCAACUAAUGUCACUUUGUCAUGGCACUUGGAUGGCAAUUUUAAGCAAAUCAAGCUGCAGUGCCAGGUUCAAGUUAUUCACGGGGAAAAACAGAAGAAAAAGACCCUGAAUGUGUUGCUGGAUGGUGCAGAAAACUCCUUUUACACAACCUCCGUGAGCAAGUUGCGUCCCUACACAACAUACACUUUCAAAGUUCGCUGUUCAGCUGCUCCGCCCCUCUUCUGGAAGUGGAGCAACUGGGUCGAGGAAACACGGCACACAACUCUGCAAGCCCCUCCAACGAGAAGCCUAGAUCUUUGGAGAGAGAGAAGUCUUGAUGGUGAGACUGUAAACCUCUUUUGGAAGCCACUACCCGUUUCUGACACAAAUGGGUUGAUAGAGGCUUACGAAGUGUCUUGGUCCCUACCAGAGGGGUCCACUUACAACAAGUCAGUUUCUGCACCUGCCAGCAACAUCUCAAUAAAGCUUGGGGAAAAUGAUUGUGCAUUCUCGGUGGUGGCGAAAAACAAGGCUGGCCACUCUCCUCCUUCUCAGAUAAACAGCGCAGAUAUUCCAGUCAGCGAUGCCCCAACAGAGAUCGGAGUUGCCAAAGGAGAUGGCAUUUACGUUGCUUGGGAGUCUGACCCCAACGUCACCUGUGGCUAUACCGUGAGGUGGCGCCAGGGGCCUGAGCCCAGUGCUGCUGUGAGCUGGGAAACGUUUCCUUCAGGCGUGUCAGAUGCUGUGAUCAAAUCUGAUCUCUUCCAGCCAGGAAUCAGAUACAGAUUUUCUGUCCAUGGCUGCAAAGACAAUGGAUAUCAACUACUGAAGUAUAUAAAUGGCUACACACAAGAGCUGCAACCUAGCGCUGCGCCAGUUUUCAAAGUGGAGCGUGCCACCUCAGAUUCCAUCAUCAUAAGAUGGGAGAACAUGUCUGUCGAAGAUUGCCGGGGCUUUUUAAAAGGUUAUCUGCUUCACUUUGGGAAAGGCGACGAAAGCACCACAAAGCCGAAAGCUUUUGAGCCAGGCCACUCAGAGACCUACAUGAACAUUACUGACUUAAAGCAAAACACCUUAAAAAUAUCAAGCCUUCAAGGGAAAACAAACUACCACCUGAACUUAAGAGCCUACACAGCUGGUGGAAUUGGCCCACCAAGCAGCUUGUCUGUGGUUACAAAGGAGAAUUCUGUGGGAUUAAUCAUUGCCAUCCUUGUCCCAGUAAUUAUUGUUAUUGUGUUGGGAGUGGUGACCAGCAUCCUUUGCUACAGGAAGAGAGAAUGGAUUAAAGAAACCUUCUAUCCUGACAUUCCAAACCCAGAAAACUGCAAAGCUUUAGAGUUCCCGAAGGAUCCAGAGGGAAACCUCAAUUCCAAAACCCUGGAAAUGAAUCCCUGUACCCCCAACAACAUUGAAGUGGUUGAAACACAGUCCCCUUGCCUGAAGAUUGAAGAUACAGCCAUUACAUCGCCUGUCGCAGAAGAGCUUCCGGAAGAUGGUGUUGACUCUGACACGGAGAGCCACAUUGUCGUCUCAUACUGCCCGCCGAUCAUUGAGGAGGAGAUCUCUAACCCACCAAUCGACGAAUCGGCGGGGUCUUCCCAAGUUGUCUACAUUGACAUCCAGACUAUGUACCCAGCUCCAGUGAAGCUGAAGGAAGAACCAGAAGUUGACUGUGUGGCGGCGGCAGGCUAUAAACCUCAAAUGCAGCUGCCGGUGAAUAGCCUGAUAAAAAUGGAGGACUCGUCGUCCAUCGAAGAGGACUUGGACAAGGCUGCAGGCUACAGGCCUCAAGUGAAUACUUCCUCCUGGAAUACAGACUGCCCAGAUUCUCCUGCAUCCACUGGGAGCAACAAUGAAAACACCUCCUUUGGGAGCCCUUGUUCCAUUAAUUCUCGGCAGUUUUUGAUCCCGCCCAAAGAGGACGAAGACUCUCCCAAAGCCACCAACACAGGGUGGUCCUUUGCUAACUUCUUUCACAACAAACCAAAUGCUUAGCAGCCUUGGGAUGGUAACAGUUGCUCUGAAAAGCAGAAAUUGCUGCAGAAAUUGCAUAUCAGCCUUGGAGAGACACUAUGCUGCAGGGUUUAUAAUGUCAUUCACUGAAACUGAACGCUGGCCUUGUUUUAAGUUAACAGUGGAAGUGGCAAUAUUUGUUUCAGGCGACAGAGAUGCUAAUUUAUUGUGCCCCAAUGGGGGAACAGGUGCUCUGAGGUAACCCUUUAUGAAACCAAAGAGUGGCAGGAGGUCUGUAUCUGUUGGGGGAGGGCCAGUCCCCUCAUCAAAUCUGCCUUGUCAAUAGCGCAUAGCGCUCUCCUUUUGCGACUAUUUCCCCCCCUGGUUUUCCAUUUUGAAUAGUGGGGAAAUUAUUAUAAAGAUCACGCACUUGGAUCGUUAGGCUUUUAAAGGCAUUGACACACGUCAGGUAUGUGCAGGAUUGGGGCCUUGCUGCUUUGUCAAAGGUAUAUUUUUUCCCCUUUUUAAAUCCGUUUUUCUAUGAUUCUGAGCAACCAAACACUACAAUACCCAGACACUACAAUUUUUCCGUUGCUGACGGUUUGAAACUCCGUUCCUCAACCUGCUCUGUAGAAGCACCUUACUGCUUCAGGCACAGCAUUCCCUUUGACUUCUAUGGGACUUAAACCGGCUUGUGUGGAAGAGCUCCAUCUACAAACAGCUGGAUCAGCCAUGGCUACAGCUGUUUUGUGGGGUGGGUGAGUUUGACAAGCCUGGACGAGUUCCUGUACCUACUGUAUAAACGAAUUUGCAAUAGAUGACUCAGGGGUGCAAAAACAAAAGUGUAACACUGAUUUUAAAAUCUCAGUCAGGAAUAGAUAAAUGUGUGAAGCUUCCAGCUUUUUAAGCAAUGUUUUUUUAAAUAUAAAAUCAUCUUGACCUCAAGUAGUCAUGCUAGGCAGGAAUCCACCUCUCUGACAUGCUACUUUUUCUUUUCUGUGGGGGAUUUUUUUGGUUUCUUUGUUGAGGAUCAUCCAGUCAUGUCAUCCACCACCUGCAACCUGAAGUGCAGGGUGAAGGCACCAUUUGUGCAGAGGCAGAUUUACCAUCCUGGGUCUUUAGUCUUUAGUUUUAGUCUUCCAAAGCUCUUCCCCUGCUUGAGCACCAAAACCAUAAUCAGGGCAAACUCGAGAACGGUUUUCCAUCCAUCAUAUCUGUGGGAAACUGUUACUCAUGGGGGAGUGGCCACCUGUGAAUACAUUUGCAUGUGUAUUGCAAUGAAUACAUUUCAUGCAUGAAUACAAUUUAUUUCAUGCAUGGUUAUGUUUCCCUGCAAAUGGAGUUUCCCCUCUCCUGAAUUUAUUUGCAAACAUUUGCCCAGAAAACAGUGGGGAGGAUGUCUUGUUUUGUAUACAUAUACUCUGGAAUUUGCACAUUGAAGCUCUUCUUUAAAACCACAACAUAUUUCCCCCCUUGGUUGCAGCCUUAAAGCAAAGCUAAAUCAGAUCCUUGCAUUUACAGUAUAUUUCUUGCUCAUGCAAGUCUAUAAUUACACACUACUUAUGGAAUUGGCAUUUACAUAUACAUAGAAUAUAUAUAUAUAUGUUUGUGGUAUAUAAACUUAUUUCAGAUGCCCUCAUUGUCAACUGCCUGUUGAACACUUUGUAUGUAGCAAAUUCUUUAGAAAUCGAGUCAAGGGACCAAUGUAGUAGGCCUGCUCUGAGCUACGGAAGCCUACACGUUAGCUCGACUGUGAUGGGCGUUUUUCAUGGAAUGGUCCUGAGUUUUCCAGCUGCUUUGAAAUAAUUAUCCUCUCUAUAUUCGGGUCUAUUAUAUUUCAAAUGUCUGUUUUAAGUGCAAAAUUUGGUGGAGGUGAACUGAAGCUUUAUAGUUUUGAUUCACUGUUGUCAGAAGGAAGUCACACUUGUAGAGUGCCUUUCAAUAUGGAGGAGUCUUCCGUUAUUACUUUUGGUAACUGGGACCCCACCCCA